AUGGCACAUAGCGCGAGUGGCGCUUGGAUCCAUGAGUUUGAACUGAAGAGAACAGCUCAGUGUGUGAAGAGACAGGGAGAAGUAGCAGGCAGACAGGUCACUGUAGUCGAGGCUCCAGGAUGGUGUAGAUAUGACAACCUCAUAAACACUCCUGAGCUCACUAAAAAGGAUAUAGUGCUCAGUGUGUCUCUGUGUCCUCCAGGACCACAUGCUGUCCUACUUGUCAUAGAUAUUGAUGAUUCUUUCACAAUUGAAAAAAGAAUAAAUAUUCAAUAACACCUGGAGCUUCUCGUUAGUGCUGUCUGGAGUCACACCAUGGUGCUGUUCACCCAUGGAGACUGGCUGGGAGACACAACCAUUGAGCAGCACAUUGAGAGUGAAGAGGCCCUGCAGCCUCUAGUAGAGAAAUGUGGGAACAGAUAUCAUGUCCUCAACAAUGAGAAUAGGGCAGGUGAUCAGGUACAGAGAGAAGAGAAGAUAGAAGAGAUGGUAGCAGGAAACAAAAACUGUCACUUUGAGAUGGACAGAACGAGACUGGAGGAAGUGAAGGAGAGGAGGAGGAAUGAAGAACGGAGAGCAGCAGAGAGACUGAUGAAGGUGGAGAAGCAAAGACAACACCUCCAGUCACUGAAGCCAGGGAAUUCAUCCCCGCGGUCAGAGUUCAGAGUUGUGCUGCUGGUAUACAGAAGAUCUGGGAAGAGUUCAUCAGGAAACACCAUCCUGGGCAGAGAGGAGUUUGACCUGAAGAGAAGAACAGCUCAGUGUGUGAAGAGACAGGGAGAAGUAGCAGGCAGACGGGUCACUGUAGUCGAGGCUCCAGGAUGGUGGAAGAAUGUCAACCUCAAAGCCACCCCUGAGCUCACUAAACCGGAGAUUGUGCUCAGUGUGUCUCUGUGUCCUCCAGGACCACACAUUCUCUUACUGAAUGUAAGAAUAGAUUCUGCUUUCACAGUGGACCUGAAACAAAACAUUCAACAACAUAUGGAGUAUCUCAGUGAGAGAGUCUGGAGUCACACCAUGGUGCUGUUUACCCGUGGAGACUGGCUGGGAGACACAACCAUUGAGCAGUACAUUGAGAGUGAAGAACACAUCAGAUAUCUGGUAGAGAAAUGUGGGAACAGAUAUCAUGUUCUUAACAAUGAGGACAAAAGUGACAGAACACAGAUCACAGAGCUGAUGGAGAAGAUGGAGAUAAUUAUCUUUGGAAACGGGGGCCGUCACUAUGAGAUGGACAGAAAGAGACUCCAGGAAAUGAAGGAGAGAAGAAAACAACAGAUGCAGAGAGCAGAGGACAGACGGAUGUGUGUCUACAGGCAGAGAUCUGCUUUUCAAUUCUCAGGAGGUGAUGCUCAGUUCCUCUCAAGCGUGAGGGUUGUGCUUUUGGGACACAAAUAUGCUGGGAAGAGUUCAUCAGGAAAUACCAUCCUGUGCAAAGUGGAAUUUGACUUGAAGAUAAGAACAACUCAGUGUGUGAAGAGACAGGGAGAAGUAGCAGGCAGACAGCUCACUGUGGUAGACACACCAGGGUGGGGGGGGGGUGAAACCCUCAGAGACACUUCCCAGAAAACCAAACGGGACAUUGUGCUCAGUGUGUCUCUGUGUCCCCCAGGACCGCAUGCAGUCCUUCUAGUCAUACGUGUAGAUUGUACUUUUACAGAGGUCUACACAAAAAGCAUACGGGACCAUUUGGAGCUUCUUGGUAAAAAUGUUUGGAGACACACAAUUGUCCUUUUCACCUAUGGAGACUGGCUGGGAGACACAUCCAUUGAGCAGCACAUUGAGAGUGAAGGAGAAACCCUGCGGUGGAUCAUUGAGAAAUGUGGGAACAGAUACCAUGUCCUCAACAACAAGGAGUGGACUGAUGAUACACAAGUAACAGAGCUGCUGGAGAAGAUAGAACAGAUGGUGUUUAGAAACGGAGGAGCUCACUAUCAGAGCCCACAAGAAGAGGAGAAAAAGAAAAAGGACAAGAAAAUGACAAGAUGGGCGACUCUCUUCAGAGGUUUACUGAGACGGAAUAGAGCAGAUGACCAGAGCAGAGAUAUGGAUGAGGCUUCAGCACGACUGGAUGAGUUGAGUCUGCAGGGAAGCAUGGCAACUCCCCCUCUGAUGGGUGGAGAUGACAGAUCUGGGAUGUUCACAGUGGAUACCUCAGGCUAUGGCACAUACCCAUCAGUAGCACCUUCUGUAGCCUUGUCUGAAGCCCCCUCUGAAUGGGGCUCCCAGGAGUCCGUAAACACUAUGUGGAGUGUCCAGGGGAGCACUGGAGGGAGAGUGAAGAUGACAGGUCCUCCGUGCCCUCAGCCUACCACACACACACACACAUCUCAGACAAAGCAUCUGAAGCCCCCUUAAAACGAGACUGAUGUCAACAGCUA